AUGGACCCAAGCAGCAGCAGAGUUGUCAAGAGUUUGGCUGAAGCCGGCCAGUCUCACCUCCUGCAGUUCUAUGAUGAGCUGAGUCCGGAGGAGCGAGCCAGUUUGACCCUCGACCUGGAGUCAAUGGACUUUCAGGAAAUAAAUGGAUUCUUCAAGAGUGCCAUGGAGACAUCCAGCAGCAGUAAACACGAGAAGAUGGAUGCCCGCAUGGAGCCAGUACCCAGAGAGGUGCUGGGUAGUGUCACAAGGGACAGGGACAGUCUCAAAGACUGGGAGGUGGAAGGUCUGCACUGCAUUUCUCAGAGUAAAGUGGCUGUCCUGCUGCUGGCUGGGGGCCAAGGGACCAGGCUGGGGGUCUCUUAUCCCAAGGGCAUGUACGACGUGGGCCUGCCAUCCCACAAAACCCUCUUUCAGAUCCAGGCUGAACGCAUCCUGAAGCUGCAACAGCUCGCUGAUGAGAAGCAUAAAACCAAGUGCUGUAUUCCCUGGUACAUCAUGACCAGCGGCAGGACAAUGGACUCCACCAAGGAGUUCUUCUCACGACAUAACUAUUUUGGUUUGAGCAAGGACAACGUCAUCUUCUUCCAGCAAGGCAUGCUACCAGCCAUGGACUAUAAUGGCAAGAUCAUUCUGGAGAGCAAAAGCAAGCUCUCCAUGGCGCCUGAUGGUAACGGGGGCCUGUACAGAGCGCUGGGGAACCAAGGCAUCAUGGACGACAUGGAGCGGAGGGGGAUCGGGUUCAUCCAUGUCUAUUGUGUAGACAACAUCCUGGUCAAAGUGGCAGACCCAGCCUUUGUUGGUUUCUGUGUGCAGAAGGGAGCGGAUUGUGGAGCGAAGGUGGUGGAGAAAACCAAUCCGACAGAGGCGGUGGGUGUCGUCUGUAAAGUGGAUGGGUGUUAUCAGGUGGUUGAAUACAGUGAAAUCACCUUGACAACUGCUGAGAAGCGCAGCGCUGACGGCCGGCUUAUGUUCAACGCAGGAAACAUAGCAAAUCACUUCUUCACCUUGUCCUUCCUCAAAGACAUAGUACAGAAGUAUGAGCCUCAGCUGCAGCACCAUGUGGCCCAGAAGAAGAUCCCAUAUGUAGACACACAGGGACGGCUAAUCAAACCAGACAAACCAAAUGGGAUUAAAAUGGAAAAGUUUGUCUUUGACAUCUUCCAGUUUGCUAAGACGUUUGUUGUGUAUGAGGUGCUGAGGGAGGACGAAUUUUCUCCUCUAAAGAACGCAGACAGUCAGGAUGGUAAGGACACGCCCACCACAGCCAGACAUGCCCUCAUGUCCCUCCACCACCGCUGGGUGCUCAACGCAGGGGGCCACUUCAUUGAUGAGAACGGUACCCGUGUGCCUGCCAUCCCCAGAGACGGAGCAGCAGGCAGUGUCACAGAUGAUGGCAACAUGAACCUGAAGGAUGGAACAGACCUGCCAAUCAAAUGUGAGAUUUCCCCACUGGUGUCCUAUGGAGGGGAGGGACUGGAAGAUUUGGUGAAGGGACAAGAGUUUCGCCCCACCCUAAUGAUCGACGAGAACGGAGUGCAUGAACUGGUGAAGAAUGGAGUGUAGAGAGAGAGAGAGAGAGAGAGAGAGAGAGAGAGAGAGAGAGAGAGAGAGAGAGAGAGAGAGAGAGAGAGAGAGAGAGAGAGAGAGAGAGAGAGAGAGAGAGAGAGAGGGAGAGAGAGAGGGAGAGAGAGAGGGAGAGAGAGAGGGAGAGAGAGAGAGAGAGAGAGAGAGAGAGAGAGAGAGAGACAGCCCAAAGAUCAACCUCCCUUUGUCUCUCAAGUUUAGUUGGGGAGAAACUGUGAUGCCAUCGCCGUGCAAUAAUGUCUGUGUGCUCUUUAAUUAACUAAUGAAAGUGGCUCUCUUGGCCAUGAUGAAUGAACAGUGGAGCUGAAGUGUGUUGUUUACAUUUUGGCACCAUGUUUGCUCGCUCUGUAUUUCCUGUCAUACGUAUUGUCAGGUCAUAUUUGAGUUGAAGAAUUCUCAAACACAGACAUGAAGGACAAAAUCCCUGUUGUGCUGACUGGAGAUAGCAAUCUUAAGACACAUCUAUUUAUUUUGCUUAUAAGACUUAUUUUUAUAUUUACUGAUAGAUGAUGUAUAGGUGGAAAUUAGCAUGAAGUCAUUUUACCUAGUGAUUUUUAUACAUGGACAAAUAGCGACAGCAUAGAACUGAGAUGAAAUGAUCAGAAAGAUGUUUCUCACCUAUAGGUAAUGAAGGUACAUGGUACAGUUUGCGGGGGGUAUUUAUAUAAUAUCUGCUUGUUAUCAGUGAAAAUAAGAUAAUAUUCAGCUUUAAGAGACAUCAUGAUUUGUUUUCUAUCAUCUUUAUUAAAGAAAUGUCCAACUUGGAA